GACCGCUACGAAUCAUUUAUGCGCAUGGUGCGCGAGUGGCGCCACCUCAAAAUGUUGAAGCGCUCUGGUAGGGGACAUGUUGAGAUUUCACUCAAUGAGACGCCCGAGGGCGCGUGCGCUGUAUUAUGCCCCGCAUGUCCUCAUCCCGGCAAGAACAUGCCUGAUGGAUGGGAGAACGCACCGAAGCCAAAGCGCUGGCUGAAUGCAUUGUUCCUUGCCAUCGACGCUAAUUUUCGGCUUAAACGCCGUCAUGUUUCUUCGGAAGAGUCGGACCCGAGCCUCGGUGACGGAGUUGCAUACAUGGUGAAGGAGAAGCCUUAUAAGGAGUUUCUGUCUAUGCAUGCCAAAGAAACCCAAGACAGAAGCUCUUGUGCUAGCCAUAAGGCGGUUAACAUGGCUGACUCUAAGGCAUUCCAAGGACUCGCUGCUACCGGUUUGGGAACCAUCGACUGCGCGCGUCACAACAUGAAAAUGCCGUGCGGAUGCGGGGAUCUCCAGAAGGGCGAAAAAUACGCAAACAUGGAUUAUCUUUACUUCUCGAGCAUUCGCGGAACUUUUGUCAAGAGGAUAAAUACGUCUUACGACAUUGCCUGCCAGUGGUGGAUCAAGCUAUGGAGCCGUGUCUCCCGCCUUCCGACAUUUCUCAGUUUUGACCCAUCUGGACGCGAGUUCGAGUUUUUAGUCCCUAAAUUCCACCUGUCGGCUCAUAUCGCCAAAUGUCAAAUCUCGUACUCGUUCAAUUUCACCCCUGGGGUUGGUAGGACUGAUGGCGAGGGCGUUGAGCGCGGUUGGGCGAACAUUAACCCGGUAGCUUCGAGCACCAAAGAGAUGGGUCCCGGAAAUCGCCGUGACACCCUCGACGACUUCUUCGGAGACUGGAAUUGGAAAAAGCUCGUCGGCUUGGGCGCUUUCUUCACGCGGAAGAUCAAAGAAGCCAUCCAGAUGUCAGAAGAACACGGCGCGGUGCUAGCGGAUAUGGAGGAUAAUAUUCCCGAAGUAGAACUCAAAGCCUGGACCGACGAAGUGCAAACCUGGGAGGACGACCAUUCUAAACCAAACCCAUUUGAGUCCAAGGCAAAGUCGCCAACACUACCACAAACACGUCUAAAGGUCGCCAGAGAGGAUGCACUAGAGCUCGCCAAGCACCCGGGGUUGUCUCCUCAUUCUGAGAUUACUCCAGGCUCGCUCGUGAGCGCAGCGUUAGACCUGGAAGAACAACAGCGUCGCCUCCGUGUUGAUCGCGUUAGCUUGGGACAGCACGCCGAAGACUCGCAACUGGCGGCCUUGCAGCAGCGAUCAAACGGCUUGCGACUCAAACUUAAUCAUUGGUUUGCUGCCCAGUCGGUCUACAUGCCUGCCGCAACUUCCCUUCGCGCCCAUUCAGACAACGCCGCUCACUCCGCAGAUCGCCCCGAAAUAGCGGACCUUUUCCUUCCUUCUAACUUGCCACGACCUCACGCUUAUCCUACUCGUUUCUACUCUAUCGAAUGGGACCUCCGAAUUGGACAGGCCCACGACGCUUUAGCGCGCCUCCGCUCCUCGCUUCAGUAUGGGGAGUGGCUAUACAAGUACAAAGACAAGAACUUGCGAGGUCAAGAGCAGAACACCCGACAGCAAAAAAUCAUAGACGCUAACGGCGCCAAGAUACGGAUGCAUAGUAGGACAUAUAGAGCGGCAUACUUAGCCCUUGUUUCACUCGGACACGAUAACGAAACUCAGGAGAACAUACAAGAAGGUGUGUGGUUACCCUCGGCCCAUCUGUCUUUUCUCAAUCUUGUCUCAGAUAUUCGCGUGCAGUGGUGCAAAUCUCGCGCGCGCGCCCAUCGCUGGUCCGAAGAGGUAGAGCUCCUGCAAGAGGAAAUGGGCCGCGUACUUCGCUUCCUCGAAUGGCAUGCGUCGUGGUGGGAAGAGCGUGUGAACGAAGCGUCGACGGGAGCUAAUGAUGCUGCGGAAGAAGGGAUGAUUGCCUAUGGACUUCGACAAGCCGCCCUUCGGCGUUCCAUUGCCGCUCGCUUUUCAGCGUUGUGGGAGCCUUAUCUAGAGUCUAGUAGAACUACAUAA